AGGUGGUCCGUGGUGAGAGGUGCAGGGCUGCCUCGUGUGCUUUUCAGCCCGGAGAGUGAUCAUGCAGCCUGCUGAGACCUUGUCUGUGUUUGACGCAGCUCAGAAUGCAGCUUUAAUGAAUGGACUUUGCCUUGUUACUGAAUCAUCAGGAGUCGUCACAUCGAUGGCCAUUCCAGUGACUAAGGGACCAAAUCGACCUAGUAGGAUCUUAGAGGUGUCAGACAGGAUGUACUGCUCUGCCUGCUCAAAAGCCUUUGACAAUAGAGAGGAGCAGACUGAGCAUUAUCGACUAGAUUGGCAUCGUUUCAACCUAAAGCAGCGGCUCCUGGGUCACCGCAUGCUCACAGCUGAAGAAUUUGAGGCAAAGACUCAAGCAGGUGAUGUCUCCAGCAUCUCUGGGUCGGAUUCCAGUGACUCUGACUCGGACAGUGAAUCUGAACCACCAUUUUACCCCAACAGUGAAGGCAGUCAUCAGAGCCCCUCUCCAUGUCCACGCUUCCAGCGGGUCCUGUUCAGAAAUGCCCAAGGCCAGCUCAUCUCAGUCUAUCGCUGUGUGCUGAACACUAUGAAGGGCAGUGUGGAGGAGCCUGAAGAGCUAGUGGCGUCCCUUCAGAGACAGAGCUCAGGAACCUCCUGGGUGAUCCUAAUGGCUGGUGGGGGACACUUUGCAGGAGCUGUCUUUAAGGGAAAUGAGGUGCUGGAGCAUAAGACGUUCCAUCGGUAUACAGUGCGAGCUCGCCGUGGGACAGCCCAAGCAGUGAGAGAUGCUCAAGGGUCUAUGCCAAAAUCUGCUGGGGCCACGCUGCGGCGCUACAAUGAGGCUGCCUUGCUCAAGGAUAUUCAGGAGUUGUUGGCCAACUGGACAGGGCAUUUGCAAGGAGCAGAGUGUAUCUUCCUUCGUGCCCCUCGCACCAACCGAGCUCGUUUUUUUGGCAGCAAAAAUGGCCCUCUUCAGCGAGAUGAUCCCCGUAUCCGGGGCAUUCCUUUCACCACCCGGAGAGCCACCUUCCACGAGGUGCAACGGGUGCAUGGGGUUCUGAGCAGUGUGCAAGUAUAUGGCAAAGACACAGCAGUGGCAGAUUUGAUUGCCUCCCCUCGGAAGAGCUGGAAAAAGGUCCUUCCUUUGGAUGAAGCAUCUUCACAGAGUCAAGACACUAUCUCUGCAGCAAAGCCAGAAAAGGAGGAGGAGGAAGAGGAAAGUCUGCAGCAGCUGGAGUUGGUGGAGCAGACACUGAGUACACUGGAACUCCGAGAAUUUGAAGUGGAACCAAAAUUAAAUCGCAAGAAGAGAAGGAAGAAACCGAAAACACUGAUGGCAGAGUCCUCCACUGAGACUUCAGGAGGUGUGAAAGAGCCCAAGGCUUUGUUGCCCAGAACAGAGGAGUCAUCCAAGACCCAGAAUUGUCUGAAAUAUGAUGGUCUUAGCACAUCGUUACAAGAUGCCUUGUUCACAGCAUGUAAGAUGGGAGACCUGAAGGCACUACAGCAUCUUCUGGGGAUAGAUAAUAGCACAGCAGAUAAAGCAGAUGACUGCAAUGGUAUCACCCCGCAGCAAUUGCUCAACUCACCCCUGGAUGAGAGUGGCUGGACCCUUUUGCAUGUGGCGGCAGCAGCUGGAAGGAGUACAGUUGUGCGGCUGCUGUUGGAGAUGGGGGCUGACCCAUCCCUUAGAGACAGACAGGAACAGCCUCCAUACUGUGUUUCUGCCAAUAAACAAACUCGUAAUGAAUUCCGAAGGUUCAGGGGUGAACAGCCUGAGAAAUAUGACUACGACCGGGCCCAGGUGCCUGGACCCCUGACGGCAGAAAUGGAAGCCAGGCAGGCAGAACGCCGCCAAGCACAAAAGGCCCAGCGGAAGCAGCGUGAGAAAGAGAAACGAGAGGCACAGCAGCUGCUUGAGCAAGAAGAGGAUGAGAAACGGUCCUUUGCCCUGCUGAGUGAUCGUGAGAAGCGUGCAUUGGCAGCUGAGAGGAGACUUGCUUCCCAACUAAAAGACUCCAGUGCAACUCUUACCAAUACCAGGCGCUGUUGGCUAUGUGGGGAGUCGCUACUGGGCCGCAUUCCCUUCCAUUACCUUGACUUCUCCUUCUGCUCCACGAAUUGUCUGCGAACUCAUCGACAAGCAAAUGCUGCCCUGUCCUAGCGAGGGUUUUUUUUUUAAAAAAAUUGGGCCUUAAUGAUCUACUUCCUAGAAUCUGAAUGGAAAUAAAAAAAAUCUAGUCUAUGACUGUUGUCACUUAGAUGAGGAAGUGCAGCAAAAACAUAUUAGCUGCUUCCGUGUACUCCAGAGGAGGCUAACCUGGACAGCUGGUACCUUACUGGCUGAGAAAUGACACCUCUAAAAUGUCUUUUUCUCCCUUUUAACACUAGAAGCAGGAUUUUAUGUAUGGGAGAUGGGGUUGGAGGAGGCUUUGGAAGACUGCUUUCCAUGAGGAAAGGAGCACAGGUUCCUUUUACAGACUGGAGAGAAGAGGGUGAGACACUGGUUUCUUUGCUAGCUCCAAGUAUACCAAUGUUAGCAGAAUCCUCAUGGAGUAUACUGAGAACAUUUUUCCAGGAAAAUAGCUAUUUGAUCAGUUAUUUCCUCAAAUAAAAUAAUAGCUACAGUAACAUGGACCUGCUGCUAUCUCUAGCCCUAUGUCUCUAAAAGUUACUGCAAAACAAGUUAUACAAGAAGGCUUAUGAGUCAAGAUACAACAAAUGUAUCUUUUUAAGGUGGUGCAGAGAAUUUCUCCCUUUGCAUAGAGGGCAUAGAGGUUGGGGUGCGGGGUAUUGUUGUGCCAUGUCACCAAUCUCUGCCAUCCCUUGGAUGGCUUCCACCACUAUUUUCAUUGCAUUGUUUGGGCAGCUUCCAACUGGAGCCAUUCUUAUUUGCCUUUCCCCAUACCUUUCUCUUCCCCCUGCCCCAGACUCUCAAAGUAUUGUGAAUGAAUAAACUACAGUGCAGAACUG